UGAUAUUUGUAUGGUUAUAAUAUAGACACUAUAGUAGACGAAACAUGAAGUGCUGCUUACUAAUCAGUCUCGUAUUUUUCAUAAUUGUUGUUAAUUCGGGUACAAGGAUAAAUUUGCUUUUACCACAAUUACCACUUGGUAAAUACCGACUAAAUUUCAUAUCAAUUAUACCCCGUUGUAUUUCUAUCCAGUCAAAGAACAAAAUUCUAUUUGAUUUGUACCUAAGCAAAAAGUCUGCCAUCAUCGCAGAAAUCAAAGGAAACAUAACCAAUUUAAUUCCAGUAGAUGAUUCUCUUAAUUUGGAAUUCAAUUUGGCGAUAAAAGAUUCAACUGGUGAUUGGAAGGAGAAUGCUCAUGUACAUAAGUCAACCAAAUCUUGUUCGUCACUCAAAAUGUUUUUCGGAAAUGCUUGGACUCCGAUAAUGGAUAAUCUAGGAUUCUUGAACGCCACUUGUCCUAUCCCCGCGGGUUUUUAUAAAAUGAAAGGAGUGGAUUCUGAACUAUUCAACAUUUCCAAUUUUCCCAAAACAUUUUUUUAUGGAACAUAUAGAUUUCGUUUUUAUUAUACCAAAAACAAUGAAGUCUACGGCUGUUUUAUGAUUGUUAUAGAGAUCAAGCGACCGUGGGAAACUGAUAAUUAAGAAUUAAAUUACAAUUAAUCAGUAACAAUAUCAUUUAAUAUUAUCCAUGUCCGUGCACCUAAUUAAUAACAUUGAAAUAUUUGAUGUUUUUGUAUUUAUUUUCAUGUUACUCCACGUAUGUACAAUUAUUGAUUAUGAUACAAUACUCAAUAUGACGUUUUUCAUGUUUCAUUAUUUAUGUUUUAUACUUUUGACAUAAUAUUAUCAUCUGUAGUGAUUCUGUCCCAAGCAUAUUUUAGUU